AUGCCAAUGCCAUUUGGGGAAUUUCCCCCUUUUAUUCGCCGCCGAGUCGUUGUCACCGGCCUUGGCGCAGUGACGCCACUCGGUCUUGACGUCGCUUCAACGUGGGCGGCGCUUUGUCAGGGCCGAUCUGCCACACGUCCCCUCAAGGAAGUCCCUUUUUUCUUUCCUGCAUGUAUUGAUUCCGACUGCCGCCUCACACCAGCGGCGAGGCAGAAGAGUCACGAGCAGCUGCUUGCAAAAAUGCCGUGCCAAGUAGCCGCUCCAGUUUUGGCGCCAUCGGGUGGGCCCAACUUCACACCCACUUUACGUGAAACACGUGCGACGUUGUUUGCAUAUUACGCCGCCGAAGAGGCAUUGACGCAUGCAAAGCUCCUUGAGUCCCCAGCGAAGCGAAUACUCGCAUCAUUUGCGAAGGAACGUAUUGGUGUGAACAUUGGUGUUGGGAUGCCUUCUCUUGCGGAUGUCGGUGAUGUCUCAUACAGUUUGUAUGCGGAUCCAGAAAAAGUAAACUACAGUCGUGUGAAUCCGUUGUUUGUUCCAAAGAUCCUGGGGAAUAUGGUGACGGGAUUGACAGCAAUGAAGUAUGGCAUUAUGGGGCCGGUGGGAAGCAGCGUUGCCGCCUGUGCCACGGGAGCGCAUUGCAUUGGAGAGGCGGCAGAAUGGAUUCGUGGUGGGCGGGCGGACAUUGUUGUGUGUGGAGGAACAGAGGCCUGUAUUACUCCUGUUUCCAUCGCUGGAUUUAGCCGUAUGCGUGCACUCUGCACGAAGUAUAACGGUAUGCCGCAGGAAGCGUCGCGGCCGUUUGACAAGGAUCGUGGUGGUUUUGUGAUGGGUGAGGGAAGUGGCAUUAUCGUUUUAGAGCACCUGGAGCACGCAAUGCAACGCGGGGCACAAAUUUUUGCGGAACUACGCGGUUUUGGCAUCUCGAGUGACGCCCACGAUUUGGCCGCACCGCAUCCGGAGGGCCGUGGGGCGCAACUGUGCCUCCGUUCCGCGUUAGAAGAUGGGGGAAAUAUUUCAAUAAACGAUGUUGCGUAUGUGAAUGCACAUGCCACCGGUACGAUUGGUGACGACAUGGAACUUCACGCCCUGGACAAAGUUCUGGGCGGCGACGGGACGUCCAGCCGCCGCCGUCCGGUAUACGUCAGUAGCGUGAAGGGUGGUCUUGGACAUCUCUUGGGGGCCGCAGGAAGCGUUGAGGCCAUUGUUGCUAUCAUGUCUCUUUAUCACCAGCAGGCACCUCCAAAUAUCAAUCUUCACGCCCCUUCAGCGGAGGGGUUGGAGCGUCUGCAGCUUGUGCGAGGCCACGCGCCUCUUCCAUUUCAAGGUGACGCUGUGAUUUCCACAAGCUUUGGUUUUGGUGGCGUCAACACGGCACUACUCUUCACGCGAGUCGAGAAGGCAUUAAUCUGA